AUGGACGUGUUGGACACGCAACCCAUAGAAACGCUCGUUGAGCGGCACGAUCGCGAACAUGGCGUACAGGAAGUCCGUAUCCCGGUGCCAUUCGGUGAGCUGGCCGGUAAGUGGUGGGGCCCCCGGAACGUUCGACCGAUCGUGUGUCUGCACGGAUGGCAGGAUAAUGCCGGUACGUUUGACACGCUGAUACCGCUGCUACCGUCCCACAUGAGCUUUCUCGCACUGGAUCUCCCGGGACACGGCUAUUCGUCACGCAUCCCGGACGGUAUGUCCUACCAGCCGAUCAACAUCUUCUAUCUGCUCAACUUCGUAAUGCACGAGUACGGCUGGAAAAAGAUCUCGCUCAUGAGCCACUCGAUGGGUUCGGUACUCCAGUACCCGUACGCGGCCACCUUUCCUACCCGUGUCGAUUUCCUCAUCUCGAUCGACGCACUCAAGCCUUCGAUCUUCCGUCCCGAGGUGCUCGUUUCGAUGAUGAGCGAACUUACGCCCGAAUUCUUGAAGGCGGAUCUGCGCAACCAGGAAAAGUCGGAACCACCCUCAUACUCCUACGAGGAAACGGUCAAUCGGCUUUACGAAGGUGCGGUGAACUCGAUCACGCGCGAAUCCUGUCCAUUUCUGCUGCAGCGCAACCUGCGCAAAUCGACCAAAUUCCCCGACAAGUACUAUUUCGCACGGGAUAGCCGGCUGAAGUACGGGCUAGGGUUUCUGUGGUCACAGGACGUGAACAAGCGGUUGGCACAGAACCUGACGAUGCCGUUCCUGUUUAUCAAGGCGACUGAAUCACCAUACUGGGAGCGGAAGCAGUACUACGAUGAGGUGAUCGAGAUAUUGGAGCGUAACAAUUCCCGGUUCGAGCUACGGUACGUCGAGGGGACGCACCAUGUGCAUCUAUCCCACCCGGAACGGGUUGCACCGGUGGUGACGGAUUUUCUAAACCGGAACUGGCAGAAGGACGAAGACGUUGCGAGCAAGCUGUAG